GGUGGGCAGUGCGCGGCUGCGCCGGAAGUGGCGCGCGGCCAGACAAAUCCUCAUGGCGGCGGUGGCGCCUCUUUGGGUGCGGCGCUGGAGUGACUGAGCUGCUAGCUUGGCGGCCGAGCGUCGAGCUCCAGCCCGGUCUCCGCGUGCCCCCCGGGCUCCGCACCCCUGAUGUUGCGCGGGCACUGAGCCCGCCCGGCCUGGACAAUGGUGAAGUAUUUCCUGGGCCAGAGCGUGCUCCGGAGUUCCUGGGACCAAGUGUUCGCUGCCUUCUGGCAGCGGUACCCGAAUCCCUAUAGCAAACAUGUCUUGACGGAAGACAUAGUGCACCGGGAGGUGACCCCUGACCAGAAGCUCCUGUCCCGGCGACUCCUGACCAAGACGAACAGGAUGCCCCGCUGGGCUGAGCGACUAUUUCCUGCCAAUGUUGCUCACUCAGUGUACAUCCUGGAGGAUUCUAUUGUGGACCCACAGAACCAGACCAUGACCACCUUCACCUGGAACAUCAACCAUGCGCGGCUGAUGGUGGUAGAGGAACGAUGUGUUUACCGUGUGAACUCUGAUAACAGCGGCUGGACCGAAAUCUGCCGGGAAGCCUGGGUCUCCUCUAGCUUGUUCGGCGUCUCCAGAGCUGUCCAGGAAUUUGGUCUCGCCCGGUUCAAAAGCAACGUGACCAAGACUAUGAAGGGUUUUGAAUACAUCUUGGCCAAGCUGCAAGGUGAGGCCCCUCCCAAAACCCUUGUUGAAACAGCCAAGGAAGCCAAGGAGAAGGCCAAGGAAACGGCACUGGCAGCUACAGAGAAGGCCAAGGACCUUGCCAGCAAGGCAGCCACCAAGAAGCAGCAGCAGCAGCAGCAGUUUGUGUAGCCAGCCCAGGCCCUGGGGCCACAGCACAGCAAACCACUUGCUCCAGUCCCUGUGCUCUUUCCUCCUUGUACUUUAUUAUUAAAAGUCAGCUUCCAGCCCUGUCUGCUGUCUGGGUGGUGGGCUGGGGGUGGGUGUGUUGUUUGGCCUCUCCAGCACACCAGGCCGUUACCCAUGUCUGAGCUGGGCCUGCUUAUUCCUGCAUCAGGUGGCUGAAGAUAGAGGUACAGUGACUUGCGCAGGGUCACGUCCAGGUGAAGUGGUCAUAAACGCUAGACUGUAAGCUCCAUGAGGGCAGGGACCUUUGUUUUAUUUUCUGAUGUGUCCCAAGUACCUGAAACAAAAUCUUGCACAUAACAGGCACUCAAUAAAUACUUGUUGAAUUCAGUUGGCCCCAGCUCUGGAGUCAGAAA